AUGGAAGAGUUCACCGAGGAGACAUCUGAGGGCAUCAUUCCCAAACGCACGAUCUCUCGAGUCAGUGGCCGUGUCGAGGAUCAUGAGCUCGUCACUUUUCGACUGAAUGACCCAGAGAACCCUAAGAAUUUCUCGAAAGUCAAGAAAUGGUACUGCACACUGGUCGUCGCUUUUGUCUGUUUUGUGGUCGCCUUCAAUUCGUCUGUCAUCACAGCAAAUCUGGAGGGCGUCAGCAGGACAUUCCACGUCUCAAAUGAGGUUGCCCUACUGACCAUCACUAUGUUCGUCAUUGGCUUCGGCGUCGGUCCCUUGGCGUUCGCACCUUUGAGCGAGCUUUUCGGUCGAAAGCCGGUCUACGUGGUCACCCUGGCCAUCGCUGUCAUCUUCAUUAUUCCAUGCGCGGUGGCCCAGAAUAUUGGGACACUUCUUGUCUGCCGGCUGAUCGACGGCAUCGCUUUCUCAGCCCCAAUGACGCUGGUCGGUGGGACAUUGGCAGAUCUCUGGAGGAACGAGGAGCGUGGUGUUCCCAUGGCUUUCUUCUCCGCCGCCCCAUUCAUCGGCCCGGCAAUUGGUCCUCUUGUGGGUGGUUAUCUGGGCACCUUGGGAUGGCGAUGGCUCUACUACAUUCAAAUUAUCCUAUCUGGCGUCGCCUUCAGCCUUGUCACCUUCACAGUACCAGAGACCUAUGCCCCAGCGCUGCUUUCUCGCCGAGCCCGAGCCAUGCGCAAGGAGACCGGCGACAGCAAGUAUGUUACGGAACAAGACCUCGACACUCGUCCAUUUGGACAGCGACUCCGCAUCUUCCUCAUUCGACCGUUGCAGCUCCUGUUUCUGGAGCCCAUCGUCUUCUUCAUCACGCUGUAUAUGUCGGUCCUGUACGGAUUGCUGUACAUGUUCUUCAUCGCAUACCCAAUUGUGUACCAAGGCGGCAAAGGCUGGACCGCCGGCUCAACAGGGCUCAUGUUCAUACCUCUGGCAUUGGGUGUUGUGCUAUCAGCGACUUUAUCACCACUAGUCAACAAGCACUACCUCUCUCUGUGUGCCAAGGCACCUAAUGGCAAGCCGCCUGCUGAAGCCCGCCUCAUUCCGAUGAUGUUCAGCUGUCCCUUCAUCCCAAUCGGACUCUUCAUCUUUGCCUUCACUUCGUACCCAGACGUAUCCUAUUGGGGACCGAUGAUGGGCGGCUUCAGUGUCGGCUUCGGCUUCAUCUUUCUGUACAACUCUGCCAACAACUACCUCGUCGACACCUAUCAGCAUCAAGCUGCCAGCGCACUCGCAGCCAAGACCUUCCUGCGGAGCAUCUGGGGCGCGGGAGUGGUUCUGUUCACGACGCAGAUGUACGAUACACUUGGCCUGCAGGGCGCCAGCUCGCUGCUCGCUGGCUUGGGAGUGUUGUGCUGUGCCAUCCCGUUCGUGUUCUACUUUAAAGGAGCUGCUAUCAGAAAGUUCAGCAAAUUUGCGUUCGCAGACGAGGACGAGAAAAUGUAA